CAGCGCCGACGGCGCCGACGGCGCCGCGCUCGACCAUGUCGGAGCCUGGCGCCCCCGCGGCCGGCGACAAAACGCCCCGGCUCCAGGACCGCGUCCUGGGUGGGAUGCGCUGGGGCCGCCUCCAGGAGCCGCUGGGCUUCGUCAAGGUGCUGCAGUGGGUUUUCGCCAUCUUCGCCUUCGGGGCCUGCGGCUCCUUCAGCGGCGAGACCGGGGCCACGGUCAAAUGCGACGGUGAAACCAAAGAGAUGAGUGCCAUUUCGGUGCAGUUCGGGUACCCUUUCAGGUUGUACCAGGUGGCCUUCGAGAUGCCCGACUGCAAGAGCCCCCCCGAGAACCAGAGCCUGCACCUCGUCGGGGACUUCUCGGCGCCCGCCGAGUUUUUCGUGACCCUGGGGGUCUUCUCCUUCCUCUACGCCAUGGCGGCUCUGGUGCUCUACCUGCGCUUUCAUUCCCUCUACGGCGAGAACAAGAAGCUGCCCUGCGUGGAUUUCUGCGUGACCGUCUCCUUCGCCUUCUUCUGGCUGGUGGCGGCGGCGGCGUGGGGCAAGGGGCUCAGCGACGUGAAGGGCGCCACGCGGCCCUCCAGCCUCAUCGCCGCCAUGAGCGUGUGCCAGGGCCACGAAGCGGUGUGCAACGCGGGGGCCACGCCGGCCAUGGGGCUGGCCAACAUCUCCGUGCUCUUCGGCUUCAUCAAUUUUAUCCUGUGGGCCGGGAACUGCUGGUUCGUGUUCAAGGAGACGGCGUGGCACGCGCCGGCCGCCCCCCGCGACAGCGCCGCCGAGCAGGGCGCCAUCGACAAGCAGUAGCCGCCCGCGCGCCCGCCCGGCGGCCCCCGCGCGCCGCCCCGGCCCGGCGCUCGCCAACCGGAACCGUUUCGGACUGCCCCCCACCUACCUGCCCCCAAACCAGCGCCGGCGCCGCCGGGCUCCCCCGCUGCCCCCUCCCCCCUUCCUCCGGGGCGGCGCAUUUGGGGGGGUGGGUUGGGGGUAUGGCGGCUAUAGGGGAACGUACAGCCCCGGGCGCUGCCGCGUAGCGGGUGCGAACCGCUGCUGUCUGGCUCUAUAUAGGGCGUUACGUAUAACCCUGGGCGUCUGCUCCUCUAUAGGAGGCACCUAAAACUCCUGGGCGUCCAGCCCUGUAUAGGGGCCGUAUGUAACCCCCGGGUGACCAGCUCUGUAUGUAACACCUGAGGGCCAGCUCGUAUACGCAAGGGCGUAUAUAAUCCCUGCCGUCGGACUCUAUAGGGACAGACAUAACCCCUGGCUGCCCAGCCCUGUAUAGGGACAGAUAUAAGCCCUAAGUGCCCAGCUAUAUAUAGGGGAUAUAAAUAAGCCCUGGGUAUCCAGCACUGCAGAGGUGGCGCAUAUAUAUAUAUAUAUUUAUAAAUAUACGUAUAACUCCA